AUGGCGCGUCUUUCCGGGCUCCAACGGGAGGUCUUGUCGCUCUACCGGAAGUGUCUACGAACAAUACGCCAGAAACCUUUGAAUGCUAGAGAUAAUUUCAGAGCUUAUGCUAGGGAGGAAUUCCGAAAGAACCUCAGUCUCAGCAAGAAAGAUUUCACCGCAAUAGAGUACUUAUUGCGUAAGGGUUACAGGCAGUUAGAGAUGUAUUCGUCCCCGGGAAUCCGUGACAUUCGGUAA